AUCACAGCUGGUCGCAACCGCGACGAAGUAGUGAGUAGUGAGGGUUGCCUCAGUUGCCUGUCACACCGGACUCACCGGUCCACUCCGCACUCGUAAUUAUCCUGUCGUCGAUCUUUAGCGGCAAUUAGUGUUGUUUCCGCGUGGCUGAGACAUUCGGCGGAUCUGGCCAUGGCAUUAUCGAGAAUCGGCAGUGUGAAGAUGCUGAGCACUUUGACUCGCGUCCCGCGCGCAGCAUUCCUGGAGAUGCAGUGCGCGACUCCGGCGGCAGUUCACCGGAAGCAGCAGCAGCCGUUGCACCUGACCAGCGCGCGUUACUAUCCGGAUCCGCCGACUCUCACUCUGCCGAGCAACGUCUGCGACAUCUUCGCCAACGAGACCGGACGCUUUACGCCGGAACGCGCGCGCGACAUCGCCCUGUACGCCGAGAACGGCGGCACCGCCGUCACCGUGACGAAAUGCUCCGGAUUCCCUGAGAUCCGCGACGACGGCCACGUGGAUUCGUACGACUGCUUCGGCGCGGUCAGCUUGAACGGCACGAUGCAGAGCAACGUGCCGAAGCCGUUCUCCUCGUGCGGCAAGUCCAUGCACCUCAACAUGCCCGGUGGGCAGUGGUCGCGCGACGGCAAGUACAUCGCCGAGGACAUGCAGCGCUCCCAUUACCGCAAGUUGUCGUGUACCGCAACUAAUGCCUUCAUAACGAGCCCGCUUUUACGAGCGACAUAUUGGCCAACUUGUACCGUCAGAAUGAGCUACUCGACCGACACCUCCGAGGCGUCCCAGAAGGGCCAGGCCGCGGUGCCGGUCGGAACGAUGUCGCAGCGGGAAAGAUUUCGCCUAAUGUUGAGGGAUUAUGGAGGCACUCUUCUCGCCUUUCAUAUCACUAUAUCGCUGUUAAGCCUUGGUGGUUGUUAUAUGAUGGUUAUUAGUGGGAUCGAUGUAAUGCCGUUCGUGCAAAAGUGGACAGGCGGAAACGAGCAAGUAGAGAACCUAAUAAAAGUCUCGACGGAUUUUAUAAUAGCGUACACAGUUCACAAACUGCUCGCGCCUAUUCGAAUAGCAAUAACGUUGAGCGUGACUCCAUUUCUUGUGAAACAACUGAGGAAGAUGGGCUUGCUUAAAAUGUCGAAACGAAAACUAUCACCGCCACCACCAGCUCCACCCACCAAACCGUCGUCAACGUCUUCGUAAGACAAUUACUACUUUUAUAAAAAGAUUUCGUUAUUGAGCGUCGUAUUUCGAUGAGAGAUGACUAACAAAAAUGAAGCACUUUUAAAUACAAUGGUAGCAUUGUAAAAAGGAAAUUAAAAGUCGCAAGAGGAGUGAGAUUUUUCAACGAGUAAGAUGUAAUUCUUUUUAUAAAUGACAUCUGUUAUAAGUAUUAGGAUCGAUUUGUACAUCUUGUAUAAAUUUAAAUGAAGUGAUAGUUUUAAUUGAGAAAUUUUGCUACUGGAUAAAUUGAUACAUGCGUAGGCAAGGCUAUUUUCUUUCUGUAUAAUUCAAAAAUUAAGGUUUUAAUAUAAUUCUAAUCUGCAUUUAUAAAAAGGUGUAGGCAUUUAUAUGUAUUUAUGUUGACGUUACCAGUUUUAUAAAAACUGUCUGUAAAUAAAACGUUAAAAGACACAAAGAAUCGGCUUCGCAUAUGCACCUCUCGUUUAUUAUAUAAAGAAUAUAGUGAUCAUAAAAUUUACAUAAUUUUAUAUAUCUCGCACACGACACGAAGAGCCGCGUGUCUCGCGUGUGCGUAAUAGAUGCCAUAAUAAUCACGCGUAUCGCAUUCGCAGCACAAGAAUCUUCGUUACACAAAAAGCUCGGCAAUUUCAGUUGGACGAAUAUUCGCGGUGUUUGUUUCGCACAAGUUUUCGACCAUGCGUAACACGUCGACGUUAAUAUAUAUGUACAGAAGUCUUUAAAAAUAUAUUAUAAUAUACAUAGAGAGAAUAGAAUUAAAAAAAUGUAUAUAAUUAUAUACAAUCGGUGUGUGUAUGUGUGUGUGAACCUAAAAAGUAAUACACUUCUUAAUAAGUAUAAAA